CAUUUUUGAUAUUACCUUUACGCUGAUGUCGCUGUACAAAACAUACAGUACAGACCUCCCAGCUCCGCGUUUAUCCAACUAGUCCGACAGAUACUCCGGAACAGCUUUUUUAUAAAAAUAAAAAAAAAGACGACUGUAAAAUAUGGAGGCUUUACAGUGAAGUAACAGGAUUACACACGCUGGAUACUUUUCCUGACACUGUUUUCCUCCGGACACUUGGACACUCCUUGUUUUUUUUUGUUUUUUGUUUUUUGUUGUGUGUGUGUGUGCGUGUGUGUGCGCGCGCGCGCUGGAUGUGGAUCAAAUUCAGCAGGGAUCCCAGCAGACAUUCCCUGGUGGUUUGUGUGUAGGAAAUGGCAACUGCUCUCAGUGGCCGAAAUCCUGGCGGACGUGGACCGAACCGAAGCAAAGGUCGGAUUUUAGGCAUCUUCGAUGCCAUCCAUGAUGCUGUGGGGCCCCCGAAACAAGCAGCCGCCGACCGGCGGACCGUGGAGAAAACCUGGAAGCUCAUGGAUAAAGUUGUCCGGCUGUGCCAAAACCCCAGACUCCAGCUGAAGAACAGUCCGCCGUACAUCCUGGACAUCUUACCCGAUGCCUACCAGCACCUGCGGCUCAUACUCGGCAAGUACGAAGAGAACCAGAGACUCACUCAGCUCAGUGAGAAUGAGUACUUUAAAAUCUACAUCGACAGCCUUAUGAAGAAAUCCAAACAGGCCAUCCGGCUCUUCAAAGAGGGAAAGGAGAGGAUGUAUGAGGAGCAGUCACAGGACAGGAGGAACCUGACCAAGCUGUCUCUGAUCUUCAGUCACAUGCUGGCUGAAAUCAAAGCCAUCUUCCCUGGAGGACAGUUCCAGGGGGACAAUUUCAGGAUCACCAAAGCUGAUGCCGCUGACUUCUGGAGGAGAUACUUUGGAGAAAAGACGAUAGUGCCGUGGAAAGUCUUCCGACAGUGCCUUCACGAACUGCAUCCCAUCAGCUCGGGCCUGGAGGCCAUGGCCCUCAAAUCCACCAUUGACCUCACCUGCAACGACUACAUUUCUGUGUUCGAGUUCGACAUCUUCACACGCCUCUUCCAGCCAUGGGGAUCAAUUCUGAGGAACUGGAAUUUCCUGGCAGUGACGCACCCCGGCUACAUGGCCUUCCUUACCUACGAUGAAGUCAAAGCCCGGCUGCACAAGUACAUCAACAAGCCUGGCAGUUACAUCUUCAGACUGAGUUGUACGCGGCUGGGCCAGUGGGCCAUCGGUUACGUGACCAAUGACGGCAGCAUACUGCAAACCAUCCCCCACAACAAGCCGCUGUUCCAGGCCCUCAUCGACGGCUACAGGGAGGGCUUCUACUUGUUCCCUGAUGGUCGCAGUUACAACCCUGACCUCACUGGAUUAUGUGAGCCGACGCCUCAUGAUCACAUCAAAGUGACACAAGAGCAGUAUGAGCUGUACUGUGAGAUGGGCUCCACCUUCCAGCUCUGUAAGAUCUGUGCUGAGAACGACAAAGACGUCAAGAUCGAACCCUGCGGCCACCUCAUGUGUACUUCCUGUCUUACGGCCUGGCAGGAAUCAGAUGGUCAGGGUUGCCCGUUCUGCCGUUGUGAGAUCAAAGGCACAGAGCCCAUCAUCGUGGAUCCCUUUGACCCACGAAAUGAGGGCACCAAGUGUUUCUUCCUGGACCAGCACAGCUGCCAAAUGCUGGAGCUGGAGGACGAGGAAGACCGAGAGGACUGCUUGGUCAUGAACGGACUGGCCAGCAUCAGGAAGUACUGUGGCGAACGUCAGAACUCGCCCAUGGUGUCCCCCAACUCUUCGCCCGUCAUCCCGCACAGGAAAGCCCACGGAGGAGGAGACUCCAGUCACUCCGUCCAGCACCUCGGCCUUCCCCCUGUCCCGCCACGACUGGACCUCAUCCAGAAAGGUGCCAUCCGCUCCCCGUCUGCCAGUCCCACCGGCUCCCCAAAGUCUUCACCAGGCAUGUCCAGGAAGCAAGACAAGCCUCUCCCAGCCCCACCUCCCCCCCAGAGGGACCCACCUCCGCCGCCUCCCCCCGAGCGUCCGCCCCCCAUCCCCCCCGAGUCACGCCACUCUUGGCUCUCCAGCCCCUCUUCCUUGUCCUCUUCCGUGUCAUCGUCCACUGGCACCCUGUCAGACUCCCCGAUGCCCCCCGAGACACGCGGUGCCAAAGACAGCCACUUGGCAGACGCCCAUAGGACUGGAGUCGAACACCAGCUCCAGCUGGGCCCUGCCGGCCCCUCCUCCCACCUGAAUGGGAGACCGCUCAGCUGUCCCAUUGCAGGAUUUGGACACAGACACAGAAUUGAGGGGGCAGGAAACUCAGAGAACUCCAAGCCCUUCUCUAACGGCAUUCAAGUCAGCGACGAGUACGACGUCCUUCCCUCGCGGCUCUCGCCGACUCAGUCCACACUCGCCAGUAGCCACAAACCCUCCAACCCUUUCAGCAGUCCUGUGUUAGACCGACAGCAGAGGGCGAUGGAGCGGGUGGAGGAUGACUAUCAGAUCCCUUCAUCCAACCUCUGCCUGAGCCAGACUCCAGUCUGCAUCUCUGUACCCAGCAGGCACUUGGAGAACGGCUCCCCAGAGCCCUCCAGUGAGGAGAGGAAGCCACAGCCCCCUGAACCUGUCAGGGGGUCGGGCCCAGGGGCAGCACUCGGCGCCGUCUGCCCCUUCAGUACCAACGCGUCACCUUCCGACUACGACAUUCUGCUCCCCCCUCAAGCAUUAGAAGACCCCUUCAACAGCCGGCCUCCAUCCCAGCCUCCUCCUCCUCCUCCUCCCCUGCCUCCUCCGCCGGCGCGACACAGCUUUAUUGACCUCUCCUCCUCUUCAGCGUCCUCAUCCUGCAGCUCGUCCACGUCCUCCUCCUCCUCCUCCUCUGUCAUCACCCGACCACACAGGCCCUCCUCUGGACACGAGCACUUGUUACUGACCCCAGACACGGUGUUGGACAUGCUGAACAGUGCUGCUCCUCUGCCUCCAGUCAGAAGACACACAGAAAACAUUAAAGGCUCCAGAGCCUGCCUGGAGUACGACCACUUACCGGGGAGCCAAGUAUCGAUGGAGUGUUUGCAGGCACCUGCCAGGCCACCCAAGCCUCUGCCCAGGAAGAUCCCUCCAGACAUCCACCCAGGCAAACCCCACGGCACGGAGCCGGAGACCUCGGACGCCAAGAUCGCCAAGCUGAUGGGGGAGGGCUACUCCUUCGAUGACGUGAAGCGGGCGCUGACCAUCGCUCAGUACAAAGUGGACGUGGCCCGAAACAUCCUGAGAGAGUUUGCCUUAGUGGCCCCGAGGCUGAACCUGUAAUCGCAGAGACAGCAGAGAGGGGAGCACAACACUGAAGCUGUGCCUCUGAAUGGUGACUGAAUUUAAAAAAAAAAAAAAAAAAGGGCUUCUUCAUUCUGCUUGGCCUCAGAAAAAAAAAAUAAACCUAUGAUCAACAGAAACAAAGAAACAUUUUAAGGAGGGCUUGCCUUUUGUUGCCGAACAGAGAUGACGACGCACAACAGAGUGGCUAAAACCAAAUCAUGGCAGAAUCAAAACAAAAACAAAAAAAAAAAAGGGAGAAAAGACUGUGAUGUCUGUGAAUGAUUUAAACCUGUGAAAGAAAAAAACAAAACAAAAAAAACCCAACCAGGCUUGUUGUUGUUGUUGUUGUUUACAGUGAGCUUUGCCAGUGCUGGCCUCUGGUUUUCCAAUGCUCCUGUUGGUCUCGGGGCUCAGACUGUAACGCCUGUUUUAAAAGCCCUGAUCCUGCUACUGCUGCUGCUACUGUUCCUUUCUCAUCCCGCCACCCUCCACACUUUAUUUUGAAGGGCUUGCUUUUUUUUUUUUUUCAGAAGAGCGAGAUGUUUCCAGCUCUUUUGCUCAGCCCACUCUAAGACAACAUUUUUAUUUACAACCAGUGGGGGGAGCCAGACUCCACUGUUUCUCUAACUCUUGAUUUCCUUUCUGUCUUCUGUGACGGUGUCUCCUGCUUCACCUUCAUCGUCCUCUUCCUCCCUUUGUGUGUGUUGCCCGUUAGAGAAAACUCCAGCGUUCCGGCCCAGAGUCUGACUGACUGGGUGGGUCUUAGCUAAGCCUGGUGAGUCGGGGAAGCAGUCAGAUGGAGUCAGAGGAAGCCUUAUCUUUUAUCGAGUCACUCGUUUCCCCAAAGACCUGGAGGAAAGUGAACGACAGCUCCAGAGGAGAACUCCUCUCAGACCUGCUAUCUGAUUUUGACCAGAAGAGUGCAGUGAUGACCAGAGGAUGAAUCAGCUG